GUGCCGGGCGGCGGCGGGCGACCGGGGCGGAGACCGGCCGCGGUAGAGGAGGAGGCGCCUUGUGCCGAAGCCCACACCCACCGGCAUGGGGAAGAAGCUGAGGGCGAGCCUCAGAGCCUCGGGGGCGGCGGCCGCACGCGACACCGUUUUUGAGACAGUGUCCUUGAGUUCAGACUCUCUGUUCCAGAGGGCAGUUUCAAUUCUUCAUACUUCUUACUUGGACUCUGCAUCUGAGCAUGGUUUUCAGUACAGUCAAGUGACUUUGGUGAAAAAUGACAUUUUCUUAAAUGAGUACAAAACUUUUUACCAAGAAAAAAAAGCAAGUAAUUACACUCAGGAAGAACUUCAAGAGACUUUCGGGUUUCUUCUGUUUGAAACUGAAAAUCAGGCAAAGUUAGUAUGUCAGCGUGGACUCUGUGUGGGCAGCAGUGCUAUUACCACUCUCGGUGAUCCAGCAAAAGGUGUGUAUAUUUCCAAGUACUCAGACUAUCUUCAUGCAAGACCAUGGUAUCACGGGAAGUCUGGUUAUGUUGUAAUUUUUAACCUAAUUAAGGGAAAAGUCAAGUUUGUGUCUGAGAAUUAUACCACUAACUAUACUAGCCCAUCUUCUGGCUAUGAUUGCCACGUGGCUGCAAAUACUAACAAGGUUUCUCACAAGACGAGUCAUUUUCGUGCAUUUGAACUGAGUCAGUAUUACCUCUAUGAACUUGCAGGCAGCACUGUUACUGAGCGGCCCAGGCAGAUCUGUCCUUAUGUUAUUGUAGCUUUUCAGUACAGGGAACCGAAAAGGAUGGCCGCAUCUGCUCCUAGAAGCGUAUUUGAACUCCGUGAAAAUGCUAUCACCUCUUUGUGGCAAGGCAAAUUAAUUAUUCAAGGCUGUCUGCUGUGUGAUAUAACUCUGUGGUCCUCUCAUGGUACUGUUCCAACACAACUACCACAUGAACUAGAUUUUAAGUAUGUAAUGAAAGUGUCAUCUUUGAAAAAAAGACUACCAGAAGCUGCGUUUAGAAAACAGAAUUACCUGGAGCAAAAAGUCUGUUGCCAAGAUAUAUGCUUCAGGUUGUAUGAGGUGGAACUAUCAAACAAACAAGGGGAAAAAAUAAAUAAACUAACAGAAUACAUUAAAAAUGAGCAAUUGGCAAUCAUCAAAUGCUUAGAAGAUCGGGGGUUUUUCAUCUUAUUUACAUCAUCAGCCUUAAUAUCAGGAACAAAUUUUGAAGCUGAGCAGACAGGUCUACAUGGGUUACAUUUAUUCCAUCCGUCCCUUCUAGCAGGGCUGAAAGAAUCGAAAGUUGACAACAUCUCAUCGAAGGUGACACCUAUUUUACCUGCCCUUAAUUGUGCCCUACUAGAAGCAAAGAAGUCAUUUACUGAGGAAGGAGUCUGUCCAAACAUGUUAGUCAAGCACAAUUUGCAGGAACUGUUCAAGGUGGACAAAGGCCCUUCGUUGACUGCUGCUUCCCAAAAUGGAAUUCAGGAGACUGCCUUCUUGGGCCAACUAUCCAAUGGCUUUGACUUGGUUCCUCCAGCGGAAAAGUGCCCUUCACAGUCUUUAACUCAGUUGAAGUCUUAUUUUUCAGAUCCUAGUGGGUACGUUUUGGAAGUGUCUGCUGCAUUAGAUUUCUUGGCAGAGUGUCCUCAGUCUCCUUGUGUCUCAGAUGGAAUCUGUGAUGCAGGAUUUUCCUUAGUUAUGACUCCAGAUCCUGAAUUUCUUGACUCUGAGGUAGAAGUAAGAAAGGAAACUGAAACCAAAAAGAAUCCUGAAGAAAUGGUUAAAGUAAGUCAAGGAGCAGUGGUUCUAUUAAGCCCGGCAUCAAAUUUGAGAGUUCAGCCCAAGAGAAAGUCGAGUGUGCCACCUGCCGUGCAGAGUAAAAGGGUGAACUUAUGCUGCCCCUUCCCCAAAAGAACUCCUGGCGGAGCAAGCAAGGGUUCAGACUCUCCAACAACUCCCAAAUUAGUUAAAGGACCAUUCCCUCAGAAAAGAAAAAGAGGUGCUGACGUGCUGGCUGCACAGUUUGUACAGACAACCAAAUUGGAUAGGAAAAACCGAGAAGCUCCCAUUUCUAAAGAUGCUCCAGUGGCAACGAAUGCUAAAAGGGCAAGGAAACAAGAGAAAUCUCCAGUCAAAACUGUUCCAAGGGCUAAGCCACCCAUGAAGAAAUCUCCACAAAAGCAGAGGGUAAAUCUAGUAAAAGGCAAACAGAAUCUCAGAAUCAGAAAGCAGCCACAGCCUGCAAAAGGAGAAACUGGUUCACAACUGCCAUCAGAAAUCUCAUCAGUUGGACAAGAAGAUGUUACUAGCAUAAAUGCCACUCAGACGGAAGGAAUCUCAGUGGCUCAAAAAGACCUCCCUGAAAACUCUAUUGUUAACUGUGACUCCCAAGCCCUAAAUAUGCUAGCUGACCUAGCCUUAAGUGCUGCUACUUCUACCACGCCGUCAUCGGAGCCCAGGAACUUUCCCUGCUCCUCUGAAUCACCACAGAAUGAUGUUCUGCUUUCUAAAGAACAUUCUGUGCGUGGUACGUCUGACCAUGAAUAUCACAGAGGUGUUAAGAAUCAAAAAGGUGGACUGUUAACUAAGCCUUCCUCUGAGAAAAAGAGUAAUCCAACAUUGGAUUCCACCAUCAGCCAAAUGGAAGAGACUUGGGUUCCUGGUGAUCCGCCCCCUAUGGAAGCCCCAUCAGCACUUCCUGAGGAAACCCUAGAGACUAGUGAUGCAAGCCAAAGCUCUUUUGUUGCUGUGGAACAUUCCUACGCCCUGCUCCUUGCAGAACAUUCAAAGAAGCAUCUACAGCAGAGGGGAAUCACAGGCCCUGCCUUCGCCAAGAAUGGCACAAAAGGCCCUGAAGCAGGGACCCCGGUGGGAAAGGUAAUGCCAUUCCGGCACCAGCACAGCACCUCCCCUCUGCAGAAGCUGUCUGAGGACCCGGGGUGCAGGCGCAAGGGUAGUUUGCUGUCCUCCAGCCUGAAAGAUUCUUACUGCUCUCAUACUGUUUAUAGCUGUGAUGGCUCCUUUAAGGUCACUUUCAAAUGUGACUCAGAAUAUGCAUUCAGCUUAGACAGCAAAUACACCAACAACCCCCUGGAGAAAACCAUAAUAAGAGCACUACAUGGGCCCUGGAACACUGACUUACCUGAUAACGUGGAAGAAGUGAAGCUUUUGCUUCAUAUGUGGGUAGCUCUGUUUUACAGCAAUCAGAACAAAGUCAUACGGUCAUCCCGAAAAGUGGUAGAACACAGCAACCCAGCAAAAUAUGUGUCUAUAAAUAGCACAUUAGAAUCAUUAGAAUUCAGUGAAAUCGAGGAGUCCUCCAAUGUGGAAAGAUGUCCUGUGGACCCUCUGUUGGAGACCAACGAAACUCCCAGAGGUCACGCUGCCGAGGUGUCCUUCCCUGACACCAACUCCUUGCUUCCCUUCCUUAAACCUCCACCCACAAGAGGCUUGGAACUCUGGGUACAGAAGGAACGGAAAGACAUUUUUCCAAGAGAGGGUCAUCCAGAUACCCCAGAAAGCCAGAAUUUCAUUUAUUCUUGUAAAAAUGAGGUAAUUGGGGAAAAAGCCAAACCAGACUCCUCAGAUAAAGUAGAGACUUCUAAUCUUGUGUUUUCUAGUAUUGGAAGUACCCAAACUAAUGGACUUUCUGUUCCUAGUGAAGAUAAAACCUUUGAACCACUUGAUAGCUCAAGAGUGACUUACAGUGAUACUGUCACACAAACCACGUUCAGCAAGACUUACGAUGGGCUCAGCGAUCAGUCGGUGAUUUGUCAUAAGUCUGUGUACAGCACCCUUGAAAAGGAAGUUGAUGUUUUUCAUGCAACAGUACAGACAGAAACCAGUGCUUUACAGGGCCUUAUCCAGCAUAGCAGCCCCAUGAGCAAAGAAUGUCAGCCUUCAUCGGAGAGGACGGAUGAUACAGAGUAUGUGAUAAUUAAUCUGGAACCAGUUACUUUCACUUUUGAAGAAAAUACCUAUGUACCAAUACAGUCAGAAGUUGUAAAUAAAACCGAUAAGCCUGCAACCUUUAAUACAGAGUUGAUUAAACAGGUGUCACCUGCCUCAAGUCUUAGGCAUCCUGUGUCUGCAUUUGAGAAGGCACAAACACGGGGCCUUAGGGAUGUUCCCUCUCUAGCAAUCUCCGGAGAAAAAGAUACUAACUACCUUUGUGCCUCUCCAGUAAGUGGAGAGACUCUUGGAAAUGAAAUGUGUUUGCUACAGAAAGAGAUUCCAAACGUUCCAUGCUCAUCAUCACCACCUGCUAAUUCAGUGAUAGCAGAGGCGUUGUCAUUAGUUAAAAGCUCUAAUUGUUCAUUACCCAGAGAAGAAAUGAAACUCUCUCAAGAAUUUUUCCUGCAGACUCAGAAUCUCUUUGGCAUAUCUUCGGAAGAGAUCAUAGAGCCGUCCCAGGUUGAAGAAGUGGUCUCGGCAUCUGCCUCUGCCACUUCGGGAGGAAAUUACUCCCAUAACUGUAUUCCAUCAGUGGGUAACAAAGCAGAGAGCUCCUCAGAACCAGUGAAUGAUGGGAGUGGUCUAAAGAGUGAAAAUAGGAAUUUGGAAUCCUUUAAUUCAGCAUUCACCAAACAAACCAGCCUCUCAGUGAGUAAAGAGGAUGCCAGCCUGGAGUCCUCAGAAGAAGAUUCUGACAUUGAUCUCAUUCUCAGAAUAUCGCCACCCACCAGCACCAGAGAAGAGAUGCCAGCGGAGGAGCUAGAGCCACAGCGGGAGGCCCCACUGUCAAAUUUGGAACUUCAGGACAUGACUGAAGAAAUAAUCAGGCCAGAAGAGGUGACUCUCCUAGAAAACCGAGAAGCGACUUCUGCUAAUUAUAUAUCCACUUACCCUGCAGUGCCAGAGAAAUCAUUGGAAAGUAAGGAGAGGAAAGGUGAUAAUUUACAGACAGUUACCUUAAUACUUUCUAAAGAAACCUGUGCCCUUGAGAUUGCAGAGGAGGUGAAUGUUACCUCAGACUUUCCCUUUGCUUCUUUAAUUGAAGAAGUGUCACCAGCUUCUAGUCCUGACCCCGAAGAUCUAGUUGAAGCAGCACAGCCAUCUCAGACACAGCCUGAGAUGGCUGUGUCUCUGUGUAGUUUACAACUUGCUGGUACACAAGGUGAGAGAAGCGACAGAUUCUCCCAGAUUGAGUCUGUAGAUUUGGCCGUAACGGAGAAAGAAAAUUCUUCUGUUGGUCUUACCCAUCCAGUGGCACAAGAUAACUUAAUUGGUGUACAACAAAUGCAGUCUUCUGCCAAAAUGCCUCUAGUAGGAAGUAAGCAUCCAGGCAGAAAAGAUGGCUGUUUGAGCUGUCCUGGUAAAGUAACCAAGGAAAUUGUCCCUGGAGAACAUGGCGAGGGUCUCUCAGAAGAAGUGCCAUGUGGUGAUAUGGAGCUGAGCCAGCCUGCCUCAGAUGCCAAGUACAGAGAGGACUUCAAGCUUUCUCUGGAAAAAUUAGUGACAUCAGGAGAUCCACUGCAGCCAGUUAAUGUACAGAACAGGAAUUCGGACUUAAGUCAUCUUGUCUUGGAGCCUGGUGAGCCUCCAUUUAGCCCUAGAAAGAUUAUUGAAAAUAAGUCUUUGGCUGACACAAUUGUUUCUGCAACUACCCCAACUGGUAGAGUGGAUCUGUCACUAAAACAGCAGCCCAGCCCUAAAGGUAUUAAGAAAAAUCUCUUUAGCAGUGGUGUGAAGACAAAUGAAGCCGUUUACACUCAAGCACAGUCCUUGAGCUCUGGCUCAGUUGGCGGAGCUGAUACACAGACACACGAGCACUCAGAGAUCCCCAAACUUGCUUUUUCCUCAGAUGGUUCCAGACCCGUGAACACAGAGACUGGGUUCCAGACACAAGAAAUCUCCGUAGUCAAAAUGGCCAGUUUACUUAGGAAUAAUGAUGCUGAGGCCAAGCUCCAUGAAGAAGCCACAGAUCUAGGAGGUGUUGACUCCCAGCCAAACACCACAUCUCCAAAAGACAAGCAAAAAGCAAUCCAUGCACAGCAAGAUGGGGCAGUGUGUGAAACCAGAGAUCUGUUGAAUGCCAGGCCUUUGCUCACGUAUGUACCCAUGGAUUUUUGCCUUCAAAUGGCUGUUGCUAGUGAAAACACGAGUAGAGAGCCUUGUGCUUCCAUCACUCCCCAGGCUUGUGCCCCUCUUGUUUGUGAAGUCUCUGAAGAGCAGAUGGCAAAUAUGGGCUCUGGUGAGGGGCUCCGAGCCGAGGAGGACUUGGAUACCCUGGGUGGAGACGUGGAUGUCAGUGUGAAUUCUGACAUCCAUUAUGAGCCACUUUCCGGAGAGUCUGAUCAUGACUCCUGUGGGGACGGUAGAAAUCCCAAAAUGGAGGCGGAGGGUUCCUGCACUUUGAGGUAUAGUCAAACCAAGAAAGAAGAUGCUUCAAAAGAUGAUUCUGACUCUUUCCAGAGCCUAAGUAACAGUGAUAAUGAAGAGUGGGUCUACUCUACCCAAGCCCCAGGGCUGGAGGUGGGCAUGGCUCCCAGACACUGGCUUGUUGGAUUCAAAAAAGAAGACAGAUGUGUGCCAUCUUAUGUCCAGAUCCGAGACCUCCGUGGCAUUCCCAGGAUUUAUGCUAAUUUCACCGUCACUAGAGAGCUCACAGAUACCACGAGAACUCUGCACAGCUUGAAGAGGCACCCCAGUUUCACUGCAAAAUGUGGCUUGCUCAGCUCCUGGACAAAUAGCUGGCAGGUGGCAGAUGACCUCACACAGAACAUUUUAGAUCUGGAGUAUCUGCGUUUUGCACAUAAGCUAAAACAAAUUGUAAAGAAUGGAGAUUCUCGGCCCUCUGCUUCCUCCACUGGUGUCUUUCCAAAGGAGCCCCCUCUCCAAAUUGGUGCUGAAGCUUUCCCUCUGACAAAAGUAUCCGAGUCCCUGGCUUUGCACCCCGCCUCCCGGAGCAGAAGUCCCCUUGUGGUAACAGUGGUGCCCUCGGGCGCCAGGCAGCGGAGUCUGCGUGGGAGAGACCAUGCACUGGGCACUUUGGAUGGUUCUUCCUUUUGGAAGGAGAGCUGUGGUCGCAGUAGAAAUCAUCUUGCAAAUUCCGAAAGAAAUCAGACUGGGUCGUUCCACCUCAACAAACUGAAAUAUAACACUACUUCAAAAGAAUCCCGGAAUGACGUUUCACUUAUUCUCAAUGAAUAUGCUGAAUUCAGCAACAUGAUGUUGAAUAGCCACCUCGUGGGUUUCCCAGAGAAGGAGUCAGCUGUGGCUUCUGGAGAGGCCACCUCUCGAGAGGUGUGUUCACCUAUCCCACGGGCAGCCUCCUAUGAAGAUGUGAUCACAGACCUGUGUACCAGUUUGCAUGUCAAACUGAAAAGUGUGGUGAAAGAGGCCUGUAAGAGCCCCUUCCUGUUCUACCUUGUGGAGACCGAAGACCAGUCGUUCUUUGUGAGGACAAAGAACAUCCUGAGGAAAGGAGGCCAUACGGAAGUUGAACCUCAGCAUUUCUGUCAGGCUUUCCACAGAGAGAAUGACACCCUCCUGGUCAUCAUCAGGAAUGAAGACAUAGCAUCACGCCUGCAUCAAAUCCCCUUUCUUCUGAAGCUGAAGCACUUCCCCAGUGUCCUCUUCGCUGGAGUGGACUGCCCUGAGGAUGUGCUCCAGUCCACCUACCAGGAGCUGUUCCAGACUGGAGGCUUUAUGGUCUCAGAUGACAAGAUCCUGGAAUCCUUAACAUUAGCUCAGUUGAAGGACGUGGUCAGAACCCUGGAAAAACUGAACAGAAACGGAAGGUGGAAGUGGCUGCUCCACUACAGAGAGAACAAAAAGCUGAGAGAGGACGUCAGAGUGGAUUCGGUCGCACAUAAGAAGAACCUAAUAUUGAAGUCCUACCAGAGCGCAGAGCUCAUCGAGCUGCUUCAUUACCACCAGUGUGACUCUCGAGCAGCAACAAAAGCAGAACAUUUAAAAUGUCUGCUGAGCCUGCAGAUCCAGCACAUCCAGGCCAGGUUUGCGGUCUUCCUAACAGAAAAGCCCACUGUCUCCAGAGAAGUCUUUGAAAAUAGUGGCAUCCUUAUUACAGAUGUAAAUAAUUUCCUUGAAAAUAUACAAAAUAUAGCAGCUCCGUUUAAGAGUAGCUAUUGGGGUGGAAUUGCUGUUGGCUCAGCCUACUUGAGGGAACCCACUUCAUCUGAACGGCACACGUCGUCACUGGCAGUUCACCUUGUUCCCAGGACACAGGAGACGGUGACCAUGAGGUGCCUGGAAGUUGUCCCUGCUGGACCGCGUCCUGCUGCUGAAAUACCAGUGUCCUGUUAAUCAGGGAUGAGCGGCAGCUGGCCUAGACCACGACGCCACCGCCAACCAAUUCCUGGUUUUACUCUGAAAAUUUUUUAGAUAAACAGAGUCGUUUUCUCAUAUUUGAAAAAUCAAUGUUCUACAACUUGGAAGUUUUCAUUUUCUUACACUUUGCUAUAAAAAUCUUGGCCAUUAUUCAAGUGGAACAUGAGCUGUCCACUAGCUUUGUUGCAGUGUUCGAUAUUAUUGUUUUAAAUUAAUUUCAUUUUAUACAGGAGAGCCUUCAAAACUAUUAAUUAUAAGCUCCAUGCUAAAAACAAUUUUACAAACGUUUAGUCGUAGCAAAAAUAAGUAUUUUGACCGAUGGCUCGGUUUUUGCAUGUCCACGUCCAGAAGGCGUACGUAGUGCAUGGUAGUCCGUCUUAAAGGCUUGACCGCCCUUGUGAAAGCUAGGCUCUUAACUGGGGAAUCUGCUGUUAUUCUAGCAACACUACAGUCACGUUGCCGAUUUAUAAACUGUUUUCAAGAGCUCAGUUUUUGUAAAUACUGCACUACAAAAUCAAUUCUGAGGAAGAAAAUCACUUAUUUAUGGUAUUAGAAAUAAUUUCUACAGUAAUCUUUAAACUCAAAACCAAGCAAAAGAUGUUUGUAGAUACAUAGUAUCUAUUUGGAACAGAGGUUUUUGUAACUAAUUUGUUUCAUUUUUUAAAUAAAGACCCCUGAAGACCAA